AUGGCGAGCCCCGACCCUGGCGGGUCCGCGAAGAGCAUGGCUGACAGCCGCGCAGAAGCCCUCAAAGCACUCCUUGCCUCCCUCGCCCCUGGCGCGGAGGCACACAGCUCCUCCACACUUAACGACGACCAGGCCCGCCGCCUCUCGGACAAGCUGAGCGAGAUCCUGGGCGAGGCCGCGGUGCCCGACUCGUCCCGGAGGAACGCGAAGGGUGAGAUCUUGAACGAAGAGGGCCUGCCCAUCGUCGACAUCGUUGAGCCCGUGCCCGCUUUGGACGAAACCGCCCGUGCCGGAUCUGCGUCCAUCGCGCCCACUGCGGAACAGGACCCUGAAGUGACGCCAAUAUGGACGCUCUCUCCUGCCGAGCAGGCGCGGAGACGCGCUGAGCAAGCCCGGCUGCUGGACGCCCUGGAGGAGGAGGAGCGAGUGCAGACGGAGAAGGACGAGGAAGAGGGACGCGAGCGCUUCGCGGCCGAGCUCGAGCAGCGCAAAAAGGCGGCCGAGGCGGAGAUGGAUGCGCUCAAGAAGGCCCGUUCGAUGCAGAAGAAGAUGGGCAAGGCUCUCCUCGCCAACUUCACCGCGUCACGCGACCGCCAGGAGAAGGAGAAACUUGCAGAGGAAGAGAGAGAGAAGCAGGAGCGGGAGGAGCGCCGGAAGCUCAAACCGAAGAAGAGCGUUACCUUCGCCGACUUGCCUCCAGACCACGAGCUUCAGCCUGCAAACAGCCCGCCCAUGCCUCCACCACCGUUCGACUGGGGUGAUGUCGCGCCAGGAAAUGUGCAAGCCAUCGGGAAGAGCCCACUGCUUACCAGGAAACAGAUGGACCUCGGACCUAUGCGAAUGAAGGUGGUAGAACGUCAUGCCAAGAUGGGACAUGGCCCCAAGUCUCCUCCUCCACCGGACGUGCCUCAAGACUCAGACGACGAGUCGGACCCCGGCUCCGACGUUCCUGCUGAUUCCGACGAUGCCAACUUCACGCGGUCAGAUCUUUCCGAUGAGACUCCGCCUUCAAAUCCUCCAGACUCUUCGGAUGAGAGCGACUACGGCGUGGUUGAAGACAAGGAGCCUGUCGAAUGGGACGACGAAAGCUACGACUUCGCUCAACACCAGCGGGAAAUCGCGCUAGCCUACUACGAGAAGCGUGGUACCAUAGGCGCCGAAGCACUGGCCGCCAUGCGAAAUCAUGAGCACACAGAAGACGACCAUGAGUGGAAUCAGCCGGUCAGUGGACUUGCAUGUUUCCCUGUUUCGAGUGCUAAUGCGGAGAUUCACCCGACUCUUUCUUCGGCUCCACCCAAACCUUCGAUAUCGAAGUUCAAGGCGUCUCUUCCGUCCACCUCACUUGGCUCGUCCAUACUCCCUGUGUCGGAGACGUCGAAACUGAAAGCCGCGGUCCGACUGGGGAAAGUUGAAGGCGGAAACCUUAUAGGAGGAGAAGAUGAUCAUGCGGCAAAGGAGGUGCUGGAGAUGCUGAAACGCGGCGAGGUCACCAACCUGGGACCCACACCGUCCGACACUGCCUCGAACGGAAGUACAUCGUCCGCGGAGCCCUCGCCAUCGACAGCCCUGCCUAGAACACCUCGCGCGAAACCGUCGAAGAUCUCACAGUUCAAGAAGGCUCUUACGGAACCCAACACGCCGGCCAGCCCGAGCGCACCUGGCUCGAGCCUCCCAACGCCUGUGAACUCCACCGGUAGAUCGUCACCGAAAAGCUCCUACCUGAGCGGUUCGCCGAUUGCCGUGCCUUCGAAGACGCCGUUCGCAGCUGGGUCCUCGCAGCGGAGCCCAGAAGCGGCCUCGGUGCAAGCGAUGCAGAUGCCCGGGAUGAUCGUCGCUUCGCCGUCGUUCCCGGGGCCCGCGGGCAGAACUGCAUUCGCGCCCAUGGACAUGGUCCUCGAGUCGCCGUCGUUCAGCAGCCCGGGUUCUACCGUCGUUGGGACCCCCGUAUCGUCGACGUCGUCCGGGCUCGGUUCCAGGGCGACCUCGCCCGCCGGCAUGCCGUUGAGCGGGCCGAUGAGCGCGUCGGUGCUGGAGCGGAGAAGACCGAUCGUGUCGACGGAGGUGCGCGAGGCGGGCCCGGGCGUGUCGCGCUCUGCUGGGCCGACGCCGACGAGGGAGAAGAAGGUAUCGAGGUUCCUGGCGGAGAGGAUGUAA